AUGAUUCGCUCUCCUGCAUAAUUGUGGAAACCCCGUUGAGCCACUCUUUUGCCUCUAUAAAGAGGAGAGGCAGGCAGCUCCCCCUCCUCAGGAGUUGAUUGCAAGAAUUUGGAGUGCGCAUCUUCCGCGAGCUUCCCGCUGACAAGCGCGUGGAGGUGGUUUUGAAUGCCGCCGAAUUGGCCCGGUGCGGUUCUUGCCGAGAGCGAUCGUGCAGGAGCCGAGUGAGACUUUACGAUAUUUGCGUGGAGAAGAAGCGACGCGACGCAAGGACACAUGGCUGCGCUCACCAUACAAAGGACUGACAACUUUUUGCACACUUUUUUACAGGAUCGCACACCCAGCUCCUCCCCCGAGGGCCACCCCAACGCUCUUUCCUUCUUGGCCACCACCUGCAGCCAAGCCUGGCAGGUGAGCGGCGCGCCGGGCUCCGAGGGCUCCCAGUUUCCCUACGAGGGUACGGUCAGCUCGGCAUCGGGGAUGUUCCAACUGUGGAGCAACGAGAUGGCGCCCGGCGCGGCCAUCAGCACGCACCAAAUGGCCUUUACCGUGCCCAAGGUGCAGUUUCCCACACACGCACAGUCCGGCCUGGGGCACCAUCACCACCAUCACCCGCAUCACCCACACCAUCACCACGAGCUUCCUCUAACCCCUCCAGCUGAGCCGACGCCAUCAUCGUACUCGUUCGAACUCUCCCCCGUCAAAACGCUUUCCUCGCAGCCGCAGACUAACGGCUCCUACUACCCACAGCAUAGUAGCGUGGGACAAAACUUCCCUAACUUUCUCCAUAACUCCUCAGCCAGGCACCACCUGGCCGGAGGCCACGCAGCUGAAGGCCAGCAAUGGUGGAGCCUCCCCCAAAGCAACGCCACACCCUCCGGGCAUCCCUUCGCCCUGGGCAGGCAGCUGGUGUUGGGCCACCAACCUCAGAUAGCUGCCCUCCUCCAAGGGAGUUCCAAGGGCCUGCUGAGCUCCACGCGUCGCUGCAGGCGCUGCAAGUGCCCCAACUGCCAAGCCAGCGGCGGAGGAUUGGAGUUUGGUAAGAAGAGACUGCACAUCUGCCACGUCCCCGAGUGCGGCAAAGUUUACAAGAAGACGUCGCACCUGAAGGCCCAUCUGCGCUGGCACGCCGGCGAGAGGCCCUUCAUCUGUAACUGGCUCUUCUGUGGCAAAAGCUUCACGCGCUCGGACGAGCUGCAGAGGCACCUGCGCACACACACUGGCGAGAAACGCUUUGGGUGCCAGCAGUGCGGUAAGAGGUUCAUGAGGAGCGACCACCUCUCCAAACAUGUCAAGACCCACCAGACCAGGAAGAGCAGGUCCGUGCAGCCGUCACAAGGCUCAGAAGCGCUCCUCGCCAACAUUAAGCGAGAGUAACGUCUCCUGUCCAUCUUUGCAAUCAAAACGGAGUGAUUAUUGACCUCACGCCAUGUUUGCACUCUGGGGCGAGCGCCAAGCUCGCCACACAUCUUGUUUUGUCAAAGAGAAAAAGGAUUUUACAUGUCUGCUAAAGUUUAUUUUAUGUAAAAACGGGGGAAAGGGUUUACAUAAAAGGUUUGUUAUAUAUUUUAAGAAGCAAAAUGACAAUGCCUUUGCGCAGUUAAAUGUAAGCCAUACAAGUAAGCCCAGGAUGAAUAGAUAAGAACUUGAUCCGAAUAAUUUAAGUACUUGCCCAAAUUUGUCUGUUUUUGCUUUUCAUUUUGAACAAAGGCAAUCUUUCCGUUUCUGAUUCUGAAGGUGUACACAAAACAUUCCAAUUUUACUGUAAAUUAUGUAUCAAUGUGAACCAUGUAUUUGGGUGAACGGCUGCAUGUAAAUUUGAAUAAACAAUCUCCG